AUGGAGGUUCAGGUGAAGAAGUGGAGCAAGUCCGUGCUGGGGAAGACACGGGCGGGAGGCUAUUACACACGCUCGUAUCUUGCUACCCAAGCGGGCUGGACCAAGAAGAUGGUGGACAACGCCUUCAAGUGGGCCGCAUCCCACGGCCUCAUCCGUGUCAAUCCUGUCCACGGAGAGGAGGAAGCACGCCUCGUUUUGAACGAGACGUUCCAGCUUUGCGACGAGACAGGCCAGUCGAUGGAUCUCACCGGCAACAUGGAAAUGGAGGAUGACACGGGCUUUCUGAUGACUGCUGACACCCCCGGCUUCGACAGUGCCCCCGAAGCUUUGCUCUCAAAUGUGGGAGCCGGAGCCGCCUCGAGUUCGGGCGCCACUGCAGCAGUUGUCACCAGCCAGGCCGCCUCCUUCAAGAUCGUCUUCCCGACAGUCUCUCAGAACGAGUCGCCUGUAUCCAUAUUGGGCAACUUUGUGGAGGUGCUGGGGAGGAAGGUUGACAGCUGCGAAGACCAGCUGGAGAUUGAGAUGUUGGACUCCAAGAAUCCUCGAUCGAAGGCGUUUCUCGAUGGCAUAUAUUUCUCUGUGUACGAGCUUAUAAAGCUUCGUGAGCAAAUGGAGCUGAUCUUGCAGAGCUUGAAGAAGCACUACUCCCAGCUUGCCCAGAAGCAGGCAGACAUCAUCACGUCCGUCCCGGACCAGUCAUUCAACGACGAGCUGCUCAAGCUCUAUGCUGACAUCACGAAGCAAGAUGUGUUGCUUGGGAAUUACGUGACACGCGCCAGGACCCUCGCCUGA